AUGGCGAAUAGAUUAAAAGCAUAAAUUGAAUUUACUGAUGAUGCUCCUGUCACUUAAAUCGAUGAACUCGAAGUAUCGAAGAGAUUUGAAGACUAUUACUAAUGUCUUUUAACUUUAGGUAAAAAAUUUAUGUAUAUUUUUUAUAGGUUAAGGAGCCCAUGCUAUUGUGAAGACAGCAAAGAAAAAAAAUACAGAAGAGAUAUAUGCUGUAAAAAUAGUAAGAUCAGGUGAUUAAGAAAUUCAGAAUAAUGUAAAACGAACAUUCAACAAUACUAGAUGUCUAAGACAUCCAAACAUUGCUCAAGAUAUAGAACUUUAUAUUAAUGAAAAGAUGGAAACUUCAUAUUUAGUUAUGGAAUAUUGUAAGUUUCCAAGUUUAGAAAGUAUAAUUAAAAAACGAUCUCUUACUUCAGAAGAAUUAAAAGUUGUGAUUAAACAAUUACUAUUAGGAAUCUAACAUGCUCAUUCUAAAGGAAUUUGUCAUAGAGAUUUAAAGCCAGAUAAUAUUUUAGUUAAUUUAGAAGAAGAUAGUUAGUCUCCUAAUGUAAAAAUUGUUGAUUUCGGUGUAUCAAGAAGGUUUUUAUUAAAAGGAUAAGAAAUUGAAAUGUUAACUAAAACUGGAAAUAUCUUUUAUUGUGCUCCAGAAAUAUAUCAUAAAGCUAGUUAUUCAAAAGAGAUUGAUGUUUGGGCAAUUGGAGUAAUUACUUAUUAAUGUAUUUUUUAAAAAUUGCCGUUGUACUCAAAUGAAUUACAUGAUUUUAUUGAAUUGUUGGCUAACCCAAAUUAAUGGACAUUUUAAGAAUAAUUAAAUACACUUGAAUAACCAUUAAGUAACUUAAUAAUGGCUAUGUUGAAUCCAAAUAAAAGUGAGAGAAUAUCUGUUGAAGCUGCUUUAAGGCAUCCUUUUUUUGAAAUUUGCACCAUUAAGGAUUUGAUGGCUUUUUUGAAUAAAUUAAAUUUAGAAUAAGAUAAUUGUUGUAGAUGUAGAUCAUUACAAUCUAGUUUAAGAUUAGAUGAUUAAUAAUGGGGAAAUGUUAUAUAAAAAUUAUAAAAUAGUUAAAAUGAUAAUAAAAAUGAUGAAAUUAUGUUAAAUGAAUUAGUUAAAAGUUUUAAUGAUAUUCAUAUCAUUUAGAGACAUGGAGAUAAAUGUGGUCUUAUUUAAUUAAUGAAUUCUAUUAAUAGUAGUACAGCUCUUAUGAGUAGGUUAGGAUCUAAAUAAGAAUUGUAAGAUAAAAGUUUUGGAUUUUAAUUUUCUGGUUCUUCAAGUAUUGAAUCAUUAUUAUUUUUUAGAUAAAUUAUCUAAUUAAGAAUAAAUGGAUAAUAUUGGUAAAAUCUAAAUUAGUAUAGAAAUGAAGGAUGAAUAAUAAAAUAUUAAUAAUGAUAACAUUAAUCAUUAUAAUAAUAAUAAUAAAUUUCUUACUUAAUUAGGUGCUCAUUUAGAUAGUAGCAUUGAUGUUAUGCCUUAUGAUGGUUCUCUUAUUUAAUCUAAAUAAAUUCCUCAAUAAGAUUAAUAAGGAAUUACUAAGAAACCUUUAAACUCUUUGAAAAAUAUGUUUGGAGAUCUUUAGAUUAGAGAAGUAGAUGAAAUAACAGAAGAUUAAUUUUGA